CUAACCACUCCCCGUCGCAGGGUCUCGUCCCACUUCUGCCAGCAGUCCACCAGUCGCUCGGCCCCGCGGGUUUUCUCAUUGGGACGGCCGUUUGGAGUCUCGCACCUGGGCGCGCCUGGCGGCAGCAUGGGAGGCAGCGAGGAGCGAGGGCAGCGGGCGGACGGGGGCGAGGAGCGCCGGAUGGGGUGGAUGGCGGCAGUGGCGAUCGGAGCCAUCACUCCGGGACUUAAUCGCCCCACGCUGGUGCUCGUCAACCUCGUUCUCGCGGGUCUCUUCCUCUCCUUUGCCGCUCUGCUGCCCGCCGCCCUGCGCUACUCCAGGGACCCGUCCAGUAGUGCCGCUGCUGCCAGCGCUGCCAGCAGGGGCAGCGCAGCAAGCGGCAGCGGGGGCAGCAGUGAGAUGCUGCACCAUGUGCUGUUCCUUCUGGCGCUCACUCUCCUGCUCAUUGCAGCGCUCAACUGGUUGGCGUGGGAGGUGGGUACGGUGUCGCCGCACUCUCAGGCACGAGCGCUGCUGUCCCCUCCCACCGAGGAUGGUGCACAGCAGGGCGCACCCACGGCGAGAGAGGCAAGCAGCAAGGCCAAGAAGAAGCACCGAGCCAACAAGCAGAGGUCCAAGGGACGACGCUGAUUCCCCCACCCCGGCCCCCCACCUGUGCAUGCACCAACCAUUCGUUUCCCCCAUUUGUUUAUCUAGCGCUGGUGCUCUUCCACUGCGAGUGCCCUUCUAAGUGCAGUUUUCCUCAUUACAGUCGAAGUCCCCAUAAGUG